UGACUGUAACACCUAAUAUUGACAGGCAAGAUGGCGCUGACUUUGAGAAAAGGAUAUCUGGAGAUGCUGAGAACGUGUUGGAGAUUACAAACACGUCAUGUGAAAAUUCCUGUUCUUAAUCAAAUGGGAUUUCUGUGUCCUGCAAUAGCACGUCAUCGAAGUUCUCAGAGCAAAUUACCAUCAAGCAGUUAUGUACCACCGACGUCCUUAUCCAGACCACUGUGGCCAGAAUUGUCCUAUAUCAGCAGUGACGAAAAGGAGAGGCAGCACAAAGUGGUUCUAGAAAAUGUGAACACCCUUCUUGCAAAGGAAGACUAUGGAAGGCUUUUUGCAGUUCUCCAUUUUGCAAGUCGACAGUGGAAAGUGACAAAUGAAGACCUGAUCCUCAUUGAAAACCACAUUGAUGCUGAAUGUGGUGACAGGAUUAGACUUGAGAAGGUGCUGCUGGUUGGUGGAGAAGAGUUCACACUGAUUGGGAGGCCCCUACUCGGUCGUGAUUUGGUCAGAGUAGAGGCAACUGUCAUUGAGAAGACUGAAUCCUGGCCCAAAGUUCACAUGCGGUUCUGGAAAAGACACAGAUACCAGAAGAAAAGAAUUAUUGUGCAACCACAAACAGUGCUUCGGAUCAACACAAUUGAAGUUGCUCCCAGAUUGACUUGAUGCUAUAUGUUUUGAAUUGUAAAUAAACGUUUGGCCAGUGAAUGUGCCACUGAAACUUGGAACACAUGCUCAGUUGAAAAUAUAAUGGGAUAACACAUUUAUGAUCAAUAUUUGGUAUCUUUCAAGUAAAUCUUUGUAAAUGUGCCUUUUUAUGUAAUCAGAUGUGUUGUAUACGUACAAUUAAAGCAAUCUGUCAUAGGUCAA